AUGGAUGUAAAAAUCACCAAAUUUACACCUUUCUCUAGUUGUUACUUAAUGACAACACUGCCACAGGAAGGUAGCAAAACUGAAGUUAUCAAUUGGCUUCGUAAGUUUGAGGAAGAAUAUGGUUAUGAAGAGGUCGCAAAGAAGUGGUUAAAGGAAAACGCUAGAGCGCUUCGGACACCGGCAAAGGAGAAUAUUAAGAAAAUGUUUGGUGAAGAUGAAGGAAGCCUGGUUAUGAGUUUGAUAUAUGUCAAUGCCAGAAGUCUUAAUCCUUUGGAAGGAUGUGAUGCAAAAUUUGUCACUCGCGUUCGUUGUUCUGUUGACCAUCGGUUGAUUUUCAUGAUUGAUUUUCUUAAAGAUCCAAUCAGUAAUUAUGAACGGUGUAAAGGUGUUGAAUCAGUAGCUUGGGAUAUUAUGCGAAUGGAUCAUGAUAUUGUUCAAGGCGUUAUUGACUUCAUUCGGAUUCAAUCGAAUAUAACUGAAGAUACUUUGAUGAUAUGGAAUAUUGAUAAAACAAACUGUGCAUUCGAAUCAGGUACAAGACAAGGAUUACUUUAUCUCUCUGGUGGAAGUGGUAUAGAGUC